AUGUCUCCCGUUGCAUUGAUUAAGGAAAUUGUGGAGAAUUGGACCAAAAAGAAUGCAGAAAACCCGGAUCUCUUCCUUGAUAUCAAUAAGCAGGAUCAAGAUGGAAAUACGCCGUUGCAUCUUGCUGCUUUCCAAUCUCGUGGGGAUGUAGUAACCCUAUUGAUGGCACAUCCUGAUAUUAAUGAUUGCAUUUUGAAUGAUGCACACUUACAACCUAUUGAGAUGUGCAAGAACUUGAAUAUUGUACAGAUGAUGCAAGUUGCAAGGGCGAACUACGUUGCCGAGAUUGCUCAAGAGUUUAGGCAAGCAUUUAAUAACAGAGAUAUCGACCACCUCAAUUCGAUUCUAGCAAACCCUAGAAACCAGGAACUGCUAGAUAUCAAUGGGAUGGAACCUGAAACUGGAGAUACAGUACUACAUGAAUUCGUUAAGAAGAGGGACAUUUUGCUAUGUCGUUGGAUUUUGGAUCACGGUGGUGAUCCAUUCAAGAGAGACAGUAGGGGUAAGUUACCAAUCGAUUUAUUGAGAAAGGUAUCUUCCAAAGAUCAGAGUGACAAGAAGAACGCCAUUGAUUUGGAAUUAAAGAGGAUGUUGGAAAAAGCAGCUCGGGAACAGAGUGUCAUUGACGUUACUAAUAACUUGCACGAACCUCCAUCAUAUAAAGGUUACUUGAGGAAAUGGACUAACUUCGCACAAGGAUACAAACUUCGUUGGUUCAUAUUGAGUUCCGAUGGUAUACUGUCUUAUUAUAAGGAUCAAGCAGAUACAUCCAAUGCAUGCAGAGGCUCUCUAAAUAUGUCUACGUGCUAUUUGCACUUAGAUUCGUCUGAGAAGCUCAAAUUUGAAAUUAUCGGUGGAAGUAACGGUACGAUUAGAUGGCACUUGAAAGGUAAUCACCCAAUUGAAACCAAUAAAUGGGUCUGGGCUAUUCAAAGUGCUAUUAGAUUUGCAAAGGAUAGGGAGAUAAUGGUUAAGAAUGGGCAUACCCCAAACAAUGCAGGAUCUCAUGAGAAAGGCUUAGAAAAUGGCGCACCAGCUAGCAUGCAUUCGCUGCAUUCAUAUGAAAACAGAGUUCAACAUUGUAGAAAUGGCAGUAGUGCUUCAUCUAUAUCUUCCGCAGAACUCAUCGAAUUAAACAGCAAUUUGACUGAGAGUGGGAAGAAUUUUGUCUCCAAGGUAAAGAACUCUCGUAACACUGCCUCUAAUUCUUCUCCUUUGGAUAGCAUUGCUGAUGAUCAAACUAUGUCCAUCGCUUCAGGUCAAGAUACCAAAACUGAUAGCGCCAAGUAUAAAGUGGAUCGCUCUCCCUCUGCCAAUAGUCAGGAAUUCGAAGGUGAACAGGAUUUUGAUCAUGAAGAUGAGGAAUAUGAUGAUGAAGCAGAAGAUGAAGAAAUGCUAGAAGAAUUAGAAGAAGGUGAUGAAGACGUAAAGGCCGUUUAUGGUCCUUAUGCCCAACAGAUUGGUAUCCUUCAGCGUACCAUUUCAAUAGAAUUAAGUUCUUUAAUCGAGCUCAUCAACGAAAAUAACUCGUCGGAAGAUUACAUUCAAACUGCAAGAAAAUCCCUUGAAUUUAUUGUCAAAAACUUUUCCGACCUAAAUCAAAUGUCUCAAACAAGAGAUAAAAAACUGAUUAAGAUGCUCUCAAAACAAAGGGAUAUCAACAACCUCUGGAUCAAGUCUGUUAAGGAUUUGGAGUUGGAACUAUUGGAAAAGGGAGAAAAAUUGGUUUCACUUGACGUAGAAAGAAAGAAUCUCAAAAAGCUUCUUCAGAAGAAGCUUUCUGAGGUUCACACAGGUGAUUUAAAGUCUGAUAGUAACCUUGGAGGUGAAAAAUACAUUGACUCAGCGCAACCUUUGCAAGAGAUAGUGGAAUUUAUUGAAAACCAAGAAUCCGAUGCUGACAUUGAUUCUGAAGCCGACGAGUUUUUUGACGCGGAGGAUAUUGAUGAGGAAGAAGAGGACGAAACAAAACCUCUGGUUGAGGAAAAUGAUGAUUCCAAAGGGAAUAAAUCAGUAGUGGCAACUGACUUGUCGACAAACAAUGCUUUUAUUAACCCAGCCGCUAAAGAAUCUAUUUCGAAUGAAGGCAACAAUGUCAAAUCAUUGGAACAAACAACGCUGGAUUCAAAGACACUGGACUCUACUACUGUGGACUCCAAUGCACCUCUCUCGGAGGUUGGCAAGGUCGAUUCUAAAACUACAAAUAUUGUUUCUCUUCCACUAGUAGCAAACGAAUUACAGAGUAGUAAAGCAAAACAGCUAUUAGAAGAAGGGACAUUUUUAGGGUAUGAAGAUGGCCUAAGGCAGAGAUUAACUUUAGGCAAAGAUAAUCGUCCACAUGUAAGUUUAUGGUCUGUACUAAAGUCAAUGGUGGGGAAAGAUAUGACCAGAAUGACUCUACCGGUAAGUUUUAACGAACCAACUUCAUUAUUACAAAGAGUCACUGAAGAUUUAGAGUAUGCAGACUUGUUAAACGAAGCAGCAUCAUUUGAUGAUUCGACAUUAAGAUUAUUAUAUGUCUCGAUCUUCACUGUGUCAUCAUAUGCUUCCACUGUGAAGAGAGUGGCAAAGCCUUUCAAUCCACUACUCGGUGAAACCUUUGAAUAUGCUAGGCCUGAUAAGAGUUAUAGAUUCUUUACUGAACAAGUUUCACAUCAUCCACCAAUCAGUGCAACUUGGACUGAGUCACCUAAGUGGGACUUUUUUGGUGAAUCAUAUGUUGAUUCCAAGUUCAACGGUAGAUCGUUUGACUUUAAGCAUCUCGGUCUAUGGUAUAUGACUCUAAGGCCAGAUUGUGGUGAUAAACCAGAGCUGUAUACUUACAAAAAGCCCAAUAAUCAGGUUGUGGGUAUUCUUUUGGGUAAUCCACAAGUCGAUAACUAUGGUGAUGUGAAAAUUGUCAAUCACACUACUGGUGACUACAGUUUAAUUCACUUCAAAGCUAGAGGUUGGAGAUCUAGUAACGCGUACGAAGUUAAGGGUGAAGUUUAUAAUGCUAAAGGUGGUAAAGAGUGGAUUUUUGGCGGACAUUGGAACGAAUCUGUUUCUGCAAAGAAGGUUUUAAAGCCAAACUCACCUGAAGAAAUGCAAUUAGAUGAAUUGAAGCGUAGCAAGACCAACAGUACUAAUAGCAACUCAACAAAGCCUAAAUAUGAUGGGACCAGGUUCAACGUCUGGCAUGUUAAUGAAAGACCUGAUCUACCGUUCAACUUAACUAAGUUUGCUGUUACGUUGAAUGCACCUCAACCACAUUUGCUGCCAUGGCUUCCACCCACGGAUACUAGACUAAGACCAGAUCAAAGAGCUAUGGAAGAGGGUCUUUAUGACCAGGCCGCCAGCGAAAAGCAUCGUGUUGAAGAAAAGCAGAGAGCUGCUAAGAAGAAGAGAGAUGAAAAGCAUAUUCAAUACAAACAAAGAUGGUUUACAAAGGAAAUACAUCCAGUUACAAAGAAGGAAUAUUGGAAGUUUAACGGUGAAUACUGGAGGUUGAGACGUGAACAUAAGCUUGCUAAUGAAGGUGAUAUCUUUUAA